AUGUUGGAAGAUAAAGAAAGAGAGAGUCAAGUUCUUGAAGGUGAAGAAGAGUGUUUCGGUGGAGGUGUGGAUGAUGAAGCUACUCAAGUUGAGGAUGAUAACUUCGAAAAGAUUCAACAAAUUGGUGAACAAGAGUUGGCUGAUUCAAGUAAGAGUAGUGAAAUGGAAAACAAAAAGACUGAUGGUGACGAGAAUGAUGAUGGCUUGAUGAAGGCUCAAGGGAUUAAAGAACCAGAGAGAUACAAGGAAGAAAGCAAGAUUCAAGAAAUGGUUGAAGAAAAAACAGGUGGUCAAGAGAAGAUAAACAAUAAGGUUGCCAAGAGAGAGUCUGAUGGGAAAGAAACCCAAACUGACGAUGCUAACUUAGAAAAGAGUCAACAGAUGAUGAAGAAGAAAGAGUUGGUCAACAUGAGAUUCCUGAUUCAGUUACAGAGAGUGAAGACAGCAGUAGCUUAA